GAGUAGGACUGAGCCACCAUGACUUUCACUUUCAGGGAGCAAGCUGGGCCCUUCCUUCAGAAGUACAACAGCCAGGACAAAUGCACUGCUUACUAGCUUGCCAGGAGAGAGGAGUGAAGAAAACUAAAGCAUCAAAAUAGGAAGAGAAACAGGACACUGAAAUCUAACAGGAAAUAGAGGGAUAUCUUGUCAUCCAUCAGAUUUUUUCCAGAAGACAGGGCAAUUCCAAGUGUGACUGGGAAUGAGCCAGAAGGACAGAAUGAAGAUCAGCUGUCAAUGUGGGCUCGAGGAGAAAGUGCAGCAGUAAAAAGAGGAGACAUAGGUUUGUAGUUGCUUAAAGAGGCGACUGGGACAACACGGAGACAAGAAAAGACUUGAAGAACAUGGUGAAUAUGGCCCCUAUUGGCCGGUAGAAGCAUGUCACCAACAGUGCUGUUACUUCUAACAAUAUUGACUGUUCGAGGAAGUGGGUGUGAUGAUUUUAUGAAAACGACGGUCAGAAAUCUUCAGGACACUAUCAACAGAGAAAAAAACACUGGAUUCCCACAAGUGUUUCCCAAAAAUUACGUUGUGUCUCACUACUUCAAUGACAGCACUCUGUGUAAUGAGCCGUGCUGUGUGUUCAGUGCUGCUGUGCUCCUGUCUAAUUCCUGGACUCAGCUUCUCCGGCAUCUCAAUAAUAUCCACCUCAAACACAGAUUCAUCAGCGAGCUGAAACUCAAACUGGAUGAAAUAGCAGACAAGAAAUUUCAGGAACGUCCAGAUUUCUCUACUUUUCCAUCUAUUCAGUCGUCGCCUAAAUGUCUGCUCUCCUUCACCUCAGACCUCUUCUCAAGAUGGCUCAAUCUGGAUUGUGCUUUUGGAGAGCAUGACUGCAUUUUUCCCACACCAAGUGAAGAGGAUCAAGAAAAUUUGGCAUCAAAGGAGGAAGGGAAUGUUGACAAUAGUGAACUGGUGGAUGUGCAGGAGACUGUAAUUGAAGGAGAGAUAGCUAAAAGCCAGUUUGACCAUGGUCUGACUAAUGGCUAUACUAAGACAUCUUUCCCAGGUUUCUCUUGGUGGACCUUGCAUUUUCUAUGGAUAGCAACAUGUGUGACAACAAUAUGAUCCGAUGAGAGAGGAAGUCAAGGAAGUCUGUUAUAAAUAUGACACAAAACUUGACCAAAAGGAUUCAAGGCUUCACUUUUCAAUGACUGAUACUUUGUUUCUUUGACGUUAGUCAGUUUGAAUGCUAAAACCGUAAAAAAGCUUGUCAGAAAUUUCUCUUUGGAUCAAGUGGUUCAUUAUUUCUGGAGGUUUCUGAAAAUCAGCAAUUGUAGAUUCGCUUCUGUUGGAGAAAAGUUUUUUUUUUUUAAACUGACACAUGGCCUGUAUGAUGUCUCGCUGUGUUCACUUUUACCGAAACUAUGUACAAACACACAUAUGAUAUUUGAUGUUUUUUCCUGCAUCAGUUCUUUGCACUGAUCGUUUAUAUCACUUAUCCAGUAAUUCUUUCAUCAUAUACAGUUAAUGUGCCACACAUGAUCAUUCCGGUGGAAGCUGUCAACAAAACAUUUUUAACAUUGAAUGUAGUAUUAGAAAAUUAAAGAAUUCAUGAAGCCAAAAGCCAUUUUCUCCAAUUAUCGCUCAGUGUGCAACAACUACAUUAAAAUACUAAAAUAAAUACAAUAAGACUUUAGAGUGCUCUAUCUGCAACAGAAAUCAUAGCAUCAGUGUUGGCUUAUCAAGCUACUUAAAUAUAUAUUUUUUAAUAAAUAAAGACAUUUUUUAAAUGUCAUGUUUACAUUUAUUGAUUUGUUGACUUGGAGACUGUCCAUAAAGCUUGCCAAUGCUUUACUCAAAUGAAUUUAAAAAUGUGGUUUUUUGUGUAGAUGUUUUUGUCUGUUUUAUGUGUAGAUUUAUAAAUUAUAGCUUUAACUGACUGACUACAAGUGAAAAGUUAUUCUCUGUCAUAUUA